GGCAAUCAAUAAUGCGUGUUUUUAUGGUGUUAGAGAAAAUAUUCGGUGGGAACUUCCCUUUGUGUAUACAUAAAAUAGUGGUUCAGAAAGCAAGCUAUCACCGUCCAUUAUUAAACAUUUAAAAUGAGCAAUGUGGGGUCUUCCUCUUCCUCUUUUUUUUUUUUUUGUUUCAGAUCAUUUUUGCAGUGGAAUGAAUCAAAAGGGCCAUUGCAACUCACCAACCGUAUCCUCUACUCCAUCAAAUCCAAUUCAAAAUAAGAUUUGAGAUCUAAAUUAAACAUGUUCUCUUUCCAGCCAUGUGAUGAGCUGCCUUUCCCUAUCCAAACCACUCCUCAAAACUAUCAGAUUUCGGAAGGAAAUUUAAUUAGUUUCAGUGCGACCACCACCAAAGAAGAGCAGCUGAUCGGAGCUUCAAACUCCCGAUCGCCGAAGCAAAAGGGUCAGAUCAGGUAUGGAUCAUAUAAUAGGAGGGUUUUGCACAGAGAUAUUGAAAGGAAGAGGAGGGAAGAAAUGUCCAAGCUUUAUGUUUCUCUGCGCACCCUUCUUCCCAUGGAGCACAACAAGGGGAAAAGCUCUGUAAGCGAUCAAAUGGAGGAGGCUACGAAAUACAUAAAACAGAUGCAUGAGAAAAUCGAAAAAUUGCGAAGUAAAAGAGACAAGCUCAAGAAAUUACACAAUUCCUCUUCUUCGUCUUGUGGCACAAACGUAGAAAGUUCAUAUGAUAGAAAUGGAUUGCAUAACAGUGUGGCGGUGCAGCGGGUUAUGGAUGGAUUGGAGAUCCUCAUCACCAACAAAAGCCCUCAGUUUGAGCUUUCUCACGUGCUUGCACAACUCUCUGAAAGAGAGCUAGAUGUGGUUAGCUGUGUUUCCACAACAACAAAUGGUGGAUUUCUCCACAAAAUCCUUAUUAAGGCCAGCAAUAGGACGUGCCUUGAUGUGUGGGGGCUGCACGAUAGAUUAAGUGACACUAUCAAGUAAUAAGGGUGGGUUAUAGCAAGUGAGUGAGAAUUUAAAGUUUAUGAAUAAAUUGGCUUGUUUGUUUUAGGAAACUUACAUGAUCUAUGUGAUCGAUCUGGUAAUUAACUAUGCACAUUUAAUUUCUGAAUGAUCUUGGUGGUGAAUACUCCUAUUAGUGAAUAAUUUUGACUUU